UAAUAUUUAAAAACUAAUUAAUUGUGCCUUUUUUGUUAGUUUAGAUAUCUCUAAUAGCAGUGUCUUUGAUAAAGGAGUCCAGAAGUAUUAAAAUCUUGCAAUCUGGUCUGCUGGAAUCUUCAGGGCUUGCGUUUAUCCUAAGUAUCACUUGCGGCAAAAUGUGUCGCGGCAAAAUUUUUUCUAAAUUUACGUUUACUCUGUCACAUUGAAUUAUUUUUACAAAAUUUUAUUAUUUUUUUAGCCCAUAAAAAAUGAGUGGAACAACAAAAAAGAAAGUUCGUCAAUAUUCAGAGGAAUAUCUAAAAUAUGGAUUUAUACCAGCAGUUCACGAUGAGAGGAUGCCGUUUUGCUUGAUAUGCCAGCAAUGUUUGACAAACGAAUCUAUGAAAUUGGGUCGGCUUGAAGCACAUUUGAAGGCCAAACACAAGGACUAUAUUAAUUCAGAUUUAAGUUUCUUCAAAACAUUAAAGGAAAAGUUCGAGAAAAGGACGACAAUUACUUCAAUCUUCACGUCUAGAAAUGUAACAAAUAGUCGUAUUCAAGAGGCUAGUUACCAAAUUUCAUUGUUAAUUGCUAAAUCAGGGAAAAGCCACACAAUAGGGGAGAAUCUUAUAAAGCCCUCAAUUUCUGCUUUUAUGAAAACUGUUCUAGAAAAAGAUGACGAGGAUGUAAAAGCGAUGCCUCUCAGUAACAAUACUGUCAGCCGAAGGAUCGACGAGAUGGGCGAAGACAUUGAGAAACAACUCGUAUCGAAACUAAAAACCAGAAAUUUCUCUGUGCAGAUGGACGAGUCAACCCUAAGAGACAGUGAGGCCGUUCUUAUCACUUAUGUCAGGUAUAUUGAACGUGGACAGUUUGCAGAAGAAAUGCUUUUUUGUAAACAAUUAGAAAGCACUACCAAAUCGAGAGACAUUUACAACAUAUUCAAAUGCUACUUGGAUGACAAUGAGAUCCCCAUGAAGAAUGUUAUUUCGUGUGCUGCCGAUGGUGCCCCCAAUAUGAUGGGCAAAAAAAAUGGUUGUUUACAAUUGAUGAAAGCUGAUAAUCCAGAAAUGAUACUUAUUCACUGUGUUAUCCAUAAAGAAAACUUGGUGGCUAAAAACGUGUCUCCUAUUCUCAAUGAAGUACUCAAUGCAGUUAUCAAAUGCAUUAACUCAAUAAAAGCCAGCGCUAAAACCGAGCGCUUAUUUAAGCUAUUUUGUGAGGAACAAAAUGAAGACCACGUACGAUUGUUACUACACACUGAAGUAAGGUGGCUUUCAAAAGGGAAUUGUUUGAAACGAUUUAUUGAGUUGUUCGAUUCGCUUGAAAAGUUUUUAAUUGAUAAGCCUGAAAUGAAAUUAUUGUUGACAACAAAUGGCAAAGCAUAUGUAAGUUAUUUAGCCGAUAUCUUUGAGAAGCUAAAUUUGUUAAACAAGCAACUGCAAGGACCAAACAAAACACUGGUUGAUGCCAAAGCAAAAAUAUUUGGUUUUAUUAAGAAUUUAGAAUUAAAUCAAAAACACGUCAGCAACAAAAAUUUUGAACAGUUUCAUUGGCUUAACAAGUGUGAUGUUUCUGACUCCGCAAUACUUGAAAUUGUUAAUCAUUUAAAAAUUUUAAUUACGGAUUUUAAAGAGAGAUUUGCUGAUUUAAAAGAAAUGAAUUUUCCGACAUGGAUGGUGCAACCAGUUUUGGUGGAUUUAGCUGAUAUAUCCAAUCUGCAAUAUCAAGAAGAACUCGCGGAGUUGCAAAGUGACGAAUCUGUAAUAACUCUAUUUAAUAUUAAAGGUGCGAUGGCAUGGCUUUGCGAUGAAACAGAGGCUAAAUACCCCAAUACCACAAAAUGUGCAAGAAAACUCUUAUUACCGUUUCCAUCUUCAUAUCUAGCUGAAUGUGGCUUUAGUGCUGUGAGUGAUUUGUUGAUUAAAAAAAGAAAUCGUCUGGAUAUAACACAACGUGGAGAUUUGAGACUUAAGCUAACUAAGCUUGAACCAGAUAUAAAAUCGCUGUGUAAAAAGCAUCAAGUCCACAAAUCACAUUAAAGUAAGUUUUUAAAAUCUAUUAUUUUUUUAUUUAUUAAAAGUUCGUUUCUUUGUUUUGACAACAGUUGUAAGAAAUCGCUUUAAAAUUAUCAUUCAUAUUACUAA